AUGGCCCCACCUAAAGCUGAAAAGAAACCUGCUUCCAAAGCUCCUGCUGAAAAGAAACCAGCUGCUAAAAAGACUGCUUCUACUGAAGGUGCUAAAAAGAGAACUAAAGCUAGAAAGGAAACUUAUUCUUCAUACAUCUACAAGGUUUUAAAACAAACCCAUCCAGAUACUGGUAUUUCACAAAAGGCUAUGUCCAUUAUGAACUCCUUUGUUAAUGAUAUCUUUGAAAGAAUUGCUUCUGAAGCUUCUAAAUUAGCUGCUUAUAAUAAGAAAUCUACUAUUUCUGCUAGAGAAAUCCAAACUGCUGUUAGAUUAAUCUUACCAGGUGAAUUAGCUAAACAUGCUGUUUCUGAAGGUACUAGAGCUGUUACCAAAUACUCUUCUGCUUCAAACUAA